UUAAACUAGUCUCAUCGUGAUGAUCAUUGCAUAGAUUGUAUCGCCGUUGAAAGCACAUUGUUCUAUAUAAAAAAAACACUGGAGAAACAUGAAAUGGUGGAUUAAUUGAAAAGUCUUCAAGAUAUGGCAAAACAAAAUUUUCCCCUGGGUCGUUCUGUUGCUUGUUUAACAUUAAUUCAGUUCAUAGCUUUUACGAGUUUCAGCACAUCACAAAGCCACGUAGACGAGACUUCAAGUACCACCACUAAGGCCUUUUUCAUCUUUGGCGACUCCACCGUAGAUUCUGGCAACAACAAUUACAUAAAUACCAUUCCUGAGAACAAAGCAGAUUACAAACCAUAUGGACAAAACGGUUUUUUCCAACAACCCACGGGACGAUUCUCUGAUGGUCGUGUCAUCGUAGAUUUUAUAGCUGAAUAUGCUAAGCUGCCAUUAAUUCCUCCGUUUUUGCAACCAAAUGCUGAUUAUAGUAACGGUGUGAACUUUGCUUCUGGUGGGGCCGGUGUUCUUGCUGAAACCAAUCAGGGACUGGUGAUUGAUCUUCAGACACAAUUGAUCCACUUUGAAGAAGUGGAAAAAUCAUUAUCAGAAAAGCUGGGAGAGAAGAAGGCAAAGGAAUUGAUCGCGGAAGCAAUUUAUUUCAUUAGCAUAGGAAGCAACGAUUACAUGGGUGGUUAUCUGGGUAACCCAAAAAUUCAAGAAAGCUACAAUCCUGAACAAUAUGUUUGGAUGGUCAUUGGAAACUUGACCCGAACAAUCCUAACUCUAUAUGAGAAAGGGGCUAGAAACUUUGGGUUCUUAAAUUUGUCUCCUUUGGGUUGCUUGCCAUCUCUUAGAGCCCUAAACCCGGAAGCCAACAAAGGUGGUUGUUUCGAAGCAGCUUCAGCUCUUGCUCUAGCACAUAAUAAUGCUUUGAAUCUUGUUCUCAGAAAUCUCAAAGAUGACCAUGAAGGAUUCAUGUACUCUAACUCAAAUUUCUAUGAUUGGCUUCGUGAUAGGAUAGAUAACCCCACAAAUUAUGGUUUCAAGGAUGGAGUUAAUGCUUGUUGUGGAAGUGGACCAUAUGGUGGUGUCUUCACUUGCGGGGGUACAAAGAAAGUUAAAGAGUUCAGUUUAUGUGACAACGUUGGAGACUAUGUAUGGUGGGAUUCUUUCCACCCAACAGAGAAGAUCCAUGAGCAAUUCGCUAAGGCAUUAUGGAAUGGACCACUUUGUUCGGUAGGACCCUACAAUUUAAAGAACUUAUUCUCCAACAACGACGAGAUGAUCGAACUCACUAUUGCUGAUGUUGUUGAUUCCCCUAAAACUCAGCAAGAACAAUUUCACUAUUGAGCUCAUUUUUAAAAUAAAAUAAAAAAAAACAAUUUCACUACUGAUCUCAUUCCUCAAAUGAAAUUUGAAUAUUUGCAUGAUAUAUACAAAUUCAUAAUAUGAGCUAAGUGUGUGGCAUUGUUAGGCUAUAGAUCCACACUUGCAAGUGGAGCACUAGUUGAAUUAAGGAACUCUUUGAUCAAAUAUACUUAUUAAAAUUUAAAGUUUGAUAUUUUAAGUGUGCCUUAUUUAUCCAUGUAUCAUCUCUUGUUACUAUAGUCUCUUACAUUGAAUGUAAGGACUAAAUAAUAGUUAUAUAGU